AUGUGCACCAGCAGUCAGAUCAUCGGAGGCCUCCUGGUGCUCUCCGUGCUGGAGAUAGGGCUGGGGGUCUCCAGCGUGGCCGUGGGGGCGGUCAGCUUCAGCCUGGCUCUUUCCGAGCGUGCGCCUCAGCUGGGAGACUCUUCUCCGGUAUGGAGCGGGGUGUGUUUUCUGCUUUGUGGAGCGUGUGGGAUACUGUGUGCCAAAAAAAAAUCAGGACUUGUCAUGAUACUUUUCUCAGCCUGCUGUAUCUGUGGACUAAUUGGAGGAAUAUUAAAUUUUCAGUUCCUUCGGGCUCUGACAAAGAAAUCCUCACAUCUUUAUCCUCUGCAUGUCACCUCCAUGUCCCUGGCUUGCAUCGGCAUCGGUGGGUGCACUCUGUCCUCGUGGCUGACUUGUCGGCUAGCCAGCUACGAGCAAAGAAGAAUGUUUUCAGAAAGAGAGCACUCGCUGCACCACUCCCACGAAAUGGGCGAGAAGAGAUUGAGGGGUAUUGAAAUAACCGACCUGCCCAGCUGCCCAGUGGUACCCCCGACACCAGAGUUACCUUCAAGCAGACAGGUAUCUACAUCACCACAUCCUCACCUCAACCGACAUUAUCUGGCGCCCUUCCUGGAAAUCCCAGCAGAGACCAAGGAAAUGACAGACAACAUGUGUAAUGGAGGCCCACACCUAAUUUAUAAUGGAAGAGCCUACUGAACGGUUUACAGUUUUCAAGAAGAACAACUACUUUCAGGAUUUUCUUUAAGAGGCAAAGAUGUAGAUGGCAGCGACUUUUGAGAGGAG